GCGCCCGUCCGGCGGGGAAGCGAACCAGUCGCCGCCCGUCGCCUUUCGCAUUCUCGCCCGCUUCUACUUCUCGACUCUCGAGGAACGAGGCUCGCUUCCGCAGAACCGCUUCUCGCCUUUGAAGACGGGCUGCCCUUUGCAGCCUGGAUCCGCGGAAGGCCGGUGGCCGAGGGCCGGACGCAGCUCGCCAGACGAAAGUGGAAAAGGCGGAUUCACCGUCCUCAUGCCGGACAUGGCCGAUCCUUUGGCGGACAAGUCCGAAGGGGCCGAAGAGCAGAGCUCGCCUCGGACGACGACAGUUUCUGUUUCGACGGUCGACGGCCUCCCCGUCACCGUCUCGGCGCCCGUUUCCGUCCCGGUCGCGUCCCUCAUCAACGUCGCCGGCGGCACCACCGCCUUCAACGUCAUCACACCAGAACAACUGCAGUUGGCCAGCACGAGCUCUCUGAGACCGAUUCUUUGCGUUGACAACAGUUGUAUUUGUGACAGCAGUCAUCAUGAGAAAGAAUGCAAUGAGCCUAGUCAUCGUACACAGUGGUUUACAAGAAGCGAGAAUGGCCACCUUAAGGCCACAACGCAUAUCGUCAUUGAGAACAAUACUGAAGAAGGGACGGUACCGAACAACGCGUCGUGGCUGGCCUCGGCAGCUCAGCCUGUCAUACCAAUUAGAUGCAAGAGCACGAGUGCCGAAUUGCACAAGUCACGUUUCGGAUCUGGCGGACGUGGGAGAUGCAUUUUCUACGGAAACCAGUGGUAUACGCCGAGCGAGUUUGAAAUUCUGUGCGGGCGAGGUUCUAGCAAGGACUGGAAAAGAAGCAUAAGGUUUGGAGGCCGGAGUCUUAAUUCUUUAAUCGAGGGAGGCUUCCUUACACCUCAUGCAACCAGUUGCACAUGCUCAGCUUGCUGCGACGAUGACAGAGCUGUCGGUCCAGUUAGACUAUUUUCACCUUACAGGAGAAAAAGAAAAAGGGAACAAAAUGACGAUGAUUCGAGGAAGACAAAAAUAGAAUUAAGCAAUAAUGGCAACUCCACAAACGGGGAAGAGAGUUACGAUUCAGAUAUAGAACAACCGACCAAGUCGGCGAAUAACUCCAAUUCGGCGGGUAAUGUCGUUUCAAAAACAGAAUUGGAUGAUUCGACAAACGGUUCAUCCAAUAUAACCGAAACCCUUAAUAGGCUCGAUAAGAUGACUAGUAAAUUAAUGAAACUGGUAUUCAGCUUAAGAAAAGAAGUCGAUGAUGUGAAAUCGCAGUGGAAAGCGGAGAAGGAGCAAAUGCUUUCUGACCAUAAAAGAGAAAAGGAACAGGCAGUUCUUACUGCAAGAGUCGAAGCCCAAGUUGCAUGUUCACGUGUUUUUGAUUCGACGGUACACGUGGUUGAUCCGUCUAUAACAACUGUCGGCCUACAGCCCACGGAUGACAGCUCGGACAAUAAAAAAUGUGCCAACUGUAACCGUGAUGCCUUCGCUGAGUGCUCUUUGUGUCGAAGGACGCCGUACUGCUCGGCGUUCUGCCAGAGGAAAGACUGGGGUAGCCACCAGGUCGAGUGUGUCAGGAGUGCGACCAACGACCAGAGUUCGUCGAUCAUGCUGAUCGUAGAGUCAUCCGACCAAGUCCUCGGGGUUCAGGAAUAAUUUUGUAUCAUUUCAAGACUGUAGAUUUUUAUGUAACUUUUUUUUCUUCUUAAACAAUUUUAAAUUAAUUGUUACAAUUUCACAUAAAUUGAAACUUCUUAUGUGCGGGAUAUUUUUAUUUUAAUGUUUGUACUGUAUAAAUCGGCUGCAGACAACGGUCGAAAAACCAGCGUAAAAAUGAACAGAACCCUGAAACUUUUUAUACAUUUUUCUUUUUUAUUUUAUCUUUUAAGGCGUACACUUUUAUUUACUUAAAAAAAAAGAAACGAUA